UGCCGAUUCCUUCCUCAAGCAGAGCUUGGCAAAUUUAUUACAGAUGAGAUGCGGACAAGCAGUGACUUGAAACAUGACUGAGACAGCCGGCCUGACUGUAGUCAUUUCCCUGGUCUUAGAGUUGUGCCAGACAGGCCAAGAGACUGGCAUGGACAUGUUGUUAUAAAAGUUUAGUAGAAUUAAUUUUAACUUAGGUCAUCUGCUCUAGGUUUGGAAUUGGGAUUCUAGUUUGUGAAACUUUAUCUAUUGCAACUUAAACCCUAAAGAGAUUUAGUCAUCUGCACUUAAUUUACUACGUGAACUUUGACUUCCAUACUAAAUAAAUAGAUUGUGCUUCAAGAUUCUUUUCCUGGCUCGUACAUGAGAAGUUCUGUAUUAAUAGUGGAGUGCUUGUGAUUUCUUCUGCUCUUUGUGUUUUGCUGUCCACUAAAUGUACGUUGGUGACAACUGCUGUCACUUAAAACACCUAACCUAUUGCACUCAAAGUAUAAUGCUUUUUGAGGUUGCUGCUCCCAUCAGUCUGCUCAGUAAAAAUAGCUCAUCUUGUAAUGGAGGGGAAAGUUCGAGUCGCAGCGCAGAGAAACGGGCAGCUAAUGAAGAAGCUGAAGACUUCACCACAAAGCCUGCCCCUGCCAAAAUGUCCAAGUUUGGAUUUUCCAUAGGCAGUCAGACAUCAAAGAAGGCAUCUGCAAUAUCCAUCAAACUAGCAGCAAAUAAGCCUAAAGAGCCCGUUCCAACCCUUGCUCCAAAAACCCUUUCUGUAGCAGCUGCUUUCAAUGAAGAUGAAGAUAGUGAACCAGAGGAAAUGCCUCCAGAAGCUAAGAUGCGUAUGAAGAACAUUGGAAGGGAUACACCAACCUCAGCAGGACCAAAUUCCUUCAAUAAAGGAAAGCAUGGGUUUUCCGACAACCAGAAGCUAUGGGAGCGAAAUAUAAAAUCUCAUCUUGGAAAUAUCCAUGACCAAGAGAAUAACUAAACAAUGUGGAUUGAGAUUUGGGUGUCUGGGGGGAGGGGAGGGUGUAACAUUAAAGGAACAGUCUCCUUUUUUAAGAAUGGUGUAAGACUAUCUUUGGAGCCACUUUUUUAAGAUUUUGAGUGGUACACUAAUAACUGAGUUUGAAAUUAGAGGUAAUUUAUGUUUUGUAUACAGAUCUCAAGGCAUUUGCUAAUUUUGUAGUUCCAUGUGAUUAGUUUCAAAAGGUUACAGAUAAUAAAGAAAUUGGAGUGGUACCUUUUUAAGAUUUUUUUUUUUUUUGUCAGUGAUUAAUUAAGGUGAAGGAAAAAGGUUACUGUCUCUUUAAUCAGGUUAACGUAGAGUGCUCUUGCAUUCUUAUUUCUGGCUCCCUCUUCCUAACAGGAGAAACAGUUGGCUCCUGGGAAUACUGCUAAAGAGUGAGCAUUGUCUUGUGCUAGAAGUGUUACUGGACUAUUAAUUUGAAUAAGAACUUAAACAGGAAACAUUAAGAACCUGGAUUUAUUUUUUUUCCCCCGCAGUUAACUUUUUGUUAAGUCUUUGCAAACUAGAAAUUAUGUUGCUCUGAGUGGCUCUGGUAACUUAGCUCUAAUUUUGUUUAAAACUUCAUGUAGGAUGUGUAACAUUCUGUGGCCUGUUUCACACCGAGGAAAUGGGCCUUGUCUGUAUAUUAGAUACAGUCUGUAAAGAAUAUUCACUACAAGGAUAAAUCAGUAUUUUCAAUGUGCUCCUCUUAAGUCAUUAGCCUUCAGUAGUGCUUGUUAGCAUUUCCUUGUGAAUUAAAUAGAGACUAAUAUUAAAUGCAGCAAUGAGUGAUACACAAAGGCCACCACCAAAAGGACAAGAUAAUGUACGUUAAGCUUCCCGUUUGGUUGAAAUAGUUUUCUUUACUAUGCCUAGAAGGAAUAAAAGCCACACCAAAAAUCAAUAACUCACUGCUUAAGUAUGAAAAAUCUUAAGAUGCACUUUCCCUGUCUUGCCAUGUAAAACAAAAUGCCUUGAUGCCUGUGUCUUCACUGGAUGCUAUCUGGUUUCAAAAAAUCCUGCUUUUGCAGUCCUAAUACGUGUAGUAUCAACUAGAAAUAAAACUCAUCCUCUUCCUGUAUGUCUGCCUUUUGCAGUAAUUUGGAAAAAUGACAAAGUAACAGCUGCAACAACAAAAAAACUUCAAAAAACUUAAGGUUCUUUCCAGACUCCAAUACCUGAUAGCAUCAACAACCACUUUCAUUUUAACCUGGAACUGAUCGUAGAGUUCGGUAUAUUAAUUGCUUUUAUCCUCUCUCUAAAGCUUCUCUUCAUGUUAAAUUUAAACCUGCAAGUGAAGAAAGGAAAGUGCAUCUUCAGUUGUAUUUUUUUAUUUUAUUUUAGGAAAGCUCUGACCACUUAGACUUUUGAGUUUGUAUGUUCUAAAAAAAUAUUUUUUGUAUUUUUGUAUUGUAUGUGUAAUCUUUUUUCUUUUGAAGUCUGAUGCAGUUGAAUACCUGUAACUAUUUUCUUUAAAAGCCUUGUUAUAAACGUAACAUAAAAAAGUAUACAUUAUUUUUUUUUCCAUAGCAUAUAUCUUUUGUUUAUUUAAAACAAAGAAACAAACAAAACAGCAACAGAUAACCCAACCUGGGCGCUAUGGAGCUUGGCAAGGCAAAAUGAAGCAUUUGCAUUUCACUUACUACAUAUGGUUGUAUUUGUCCAAAGAAAUCCUUGAAGAUAGUAGGUAUUAUUAGUGAGUGGCUGUUUUAUUUUGCUUCUUAGCAAUUACUGGAUACAUUCUUGGUCUCUUGUCUUAGGAGAAAGCAAAAGGGGACUUGGAGUAAGAGGGUGACGUAUUCUUUCUUAAUUAACCCUGCUGUCAACCACGUCUUCCACCUCUUUGGCUGAAGCAGGUAUUGAUUUCAACAGUUUCCUGGUACUUGUAGGCAGAGCAGCACACUUGCUAGGAUGUAGCUUUCGUGGAAGUCAGAUUACAGUUUUAUAUUUGUCUGAUUUACUUUCGUGGUCAGUAAAUGUAAUUCCAUUCUUUGUGAGAGACUGCAAUAACUUCUAGAUCUGAAUUGAAGGUAAGCAGAAAUCCUGUCUCACUUGAAGUUCAAGUUCCUUCUCAGUGCUGCGUGGAAGAAAAUCUAACCAGGAUUACCUAAAUCCACUUGAGACUGAAUGUCUGACAAGCUUGAUCUGGUAGUUACAAAGGUGUCUGUUGUCUGAUGCAAGGAAGAACUGAUCUGAGAAGUAUGGUUGAGGAGAAUGUUAGCUGGAACUUCACUUGGAGUUCUGGGCUUCCUCUGCAAUAUUCAUUGUCUGAAUAUAGUAGUAAUAAAGGGGAAAGCUAUGUAUUUCAGGGAUUCUGUUUGUUUUUUGGUAAGAAUAUUAAAGAGUUCUAAAAUUAAUUGUGAA